CACUUACACCCUCCGCCCGCACCAGCAGCCGAAAGGCAGCAGUCCUUCCCCAAUUCCGGCCACACCUCAGCUUCCCCCUCCACUUCCCUCCCAGCUUCUCCGGCGGCGGCCCCCGUCCCCGUCUCCGACUCCUUCACGCCUUCCCUUCCCGGCCACAAUCUUCCUUCCCCGCCGACUCCGUCCGCCAAUCUGCAAACCCCUAUUUUUCCUCCUCCACCGCCGGUUGUUCGAUUCGGCUGAUCUGAUCGGUCGCCGCGCCGAUGGGCCGCGACGCCGAGGAACUAUUAUCCCCGCCGGCGUCGUCGCCGGAGCCCGAGCAGGACGACGACGACGACGACUGCUACCUCAGCGAUCAGGAGGACGAUGCCCUAGAGGAGUCCGUCCUCCAGGUCCUCGAGGACGGCCACCUCGAGGACUGCCAUUGGUCCGCCUCCUCCGUGAUCACCAAAGAAUACCUUUUGGCGGCGCAGAGGGAGGAUCUGAGGAAGGUCAUGGAGCUGCUAGGGUUGAAGGAGCACCACGCCCGGACGCUCCUCAUCCACUACCGCUGGGACGUCGAGAGGAUAUUCGAGCUGCUCGAUCAGAAGGGGAGGGACAGGCUCUUCUCCGAGGCUGGUAUCUCUCUCCGACCGGCUAGUAAUGCCGGGUUGCCCUCUCCGGUGGAGGUCACCUGCAAUGUUUGCUACGACGACGUGCCCCUCUCGGCCGCCUCCCAUAUGGACUGCGGCCACGACUACUGCAAUGAUUGUUGGACAGAAUAUUUCAUUGUGAAAAUAAACGAGGGGCAGAGUCGGCGUGUCAAUUGCAUGGCUCCAAAAUGCAAUGCCAUCUGUGAUGAAGCAUUAGUCCGGAAGCUAGUUAGUGCAAAGCGCCCAGAUAUUGCUGAGCGCUUUGAGAGGUUUUUACUGGAAUCUUAUAUUGAGGACAAUGAUACUGUCAAGUGGUGCCCUAGCACACCACAUUGUGGAAAUGCUAUCCGCGUCAAAGGUGAUAUACAUUGUGAGGUAGAAUGUACAUGUGGACGCCAGUUUUGUUUUAAUUGCUCCUCGGAGGCACAUUCACCAUGUUCCUGCGUUAUGUGGGAGCUCUGGAUCAAGAAAUGUCGUGAUGAAUCAGAGACUGUGAACUGGAUAACUGUAAAUACUAAGCCCUGUCCCAAGUGCCACAAACCCGUGGAGAAGAAUGGUGGCUGUAACCUGGUUGCAUGUAUAUGUGGACAGGCAUUCUGUUGGUUAUGUGGUGGUGCUACUGGUAGAGAUCAUACAUGGUCAAGUAUUAGUGGCCACAGCUGUGGCCGAUUCACAGAAGAUCAGUCAACGAAGACAGAGCAAGCAAGGCGAGACCUGUAUAGAUAUAUGCACUACCACAAUAGAUACAAGGCUCACACUGAUUCUCUUAAGCAGGAAGCAAAGCUUAAGCGUGACAUCCAGUGGAAGAUAUCCAUUUCUGAAAAUAAGGAAUCCAAAAUAAAGGACUACUCUUGGGUGAUAAAUGGACUGAACAGGCUUUUCAGAUCAAGGCGUGUUCUUUCAUAUUCUUAUCCUUUUGCAUUCUACAUGUUUGGUGAUGAGAUUUUCAAGGAUGAGAUGACCACUGAGGAAAGAGAGCUUAAGCAAAACCUAUUUGAGGAUCAGCAACAACAAUUAGAAUUCAACGUUGAAAGACUAUCUGGUUUCCUUGAGAAGGAUUUUCAAAAUUUCAGUGAUGAGGAGGUUAUGGAUACGAUGAAGCACGUCAUCAAUCUUUCCAAUGUGGUAGAUAGGCUGUGCAAGCAAAUGUAUCAGUGCAUCGAGAAUGAUCUGUUGUACCCUCUCCGCACGCCUCAUAAUAUUGCUCCGUACAAAUCCAAGGGUCUUGAUAGAGCCUCGGAGCUGCAUAUUUGUUUGGACUCUGAUGAACAAAGUUCACAAUCUAUGAAGCAUAGUCAGGAUGAACACAAGAUUCAGCCUGGUUUAUACAGUAAUGAAUCAGGCUCAUCUGUGACAGGAAAGCGACCUAUUCUUCAGUUGCACGGAUCAAGUUCUGACAACAGCGGGCGCCCAUCUCACAAGAGAGAAAGAAGAGAUGCUCAUGGUGGUGGUGCUCUUUUUGAUCUCAACGUGCCUGCUGAACUGGCAGACAAGAUCUGAAGCUUCAAUAUCUGACGGAACAUUCUGCCGCAACUGUACAGCUGACCUGUGCUUCUUCAGCUACAUAAAGGAAUCCUCUGUUCUUUUUUGUUGCCUUAGGGUGCCUGCGCUGCAAUUCCACCCUGGGGCUAUGAUCCCUACAAAUAGAGCAACUUUCACCUGUUCUCUUGUAUAUCAAUGAUACGAUCUGAUGCCAUUGUGCACAGCAACUAUAAUGCCAAAUCUACCCCGCAAGCAAGUGGAGGACA